AUGGCCACCAGCAAUAAACUUCUUUUUUUAUUUGUUAUUUUGGGUGGCUCUCACCUGAACUUUCACCGCCUGUUGUAUGCUAUUGGGAUAUCCAUAAGAGAUCGCCCAGGAAUGGUGGAUCACUUGCUGCCUACUGAUGAAUCCUUCUCAUCUACAAGAUCUUCUCUUGGAUACUUUGGGGACAUGACAGCAGGGGUGAGGUCCUACCAAAUGCUGCCCUCGCCCCUGUCGGAAGAUGACAGCGACUCGUCCAGCUUUUGUUCUUGUUCCAGCCCUGACUCCCAGGUUCUCAGCUCCAGCUAUGGAAGCACGUCCAGUGCGGAAAGUCAGGACAGUAUCUUAGAGUACUUAUUGUCCCAGGCAUCUUUGGGGAACACCGCUGCAUCAUGGUGGGACAAAAGGAGAGUUCAGCCGAAAGUGAAAGAGGAGUACAACUUCAGGUUGCCUGAAUUUGCUGUGGAUAUGGAAGACUCAGGACCAUUUCAGCCCACGCUUGAGGAAAUUGAGGAAUUUCUGGAGGAGAACAUGGAGUUGGAGCUCAGAGAAAGACCUAAAAGUGAGACCAAGGACUUGAGAGCUUGCAGCCAAGUCUCUGUUGCUUCACUACAGCAAAAAGACCAUAUGUUACCCAGCGCUAGUUUAAAAGAGAGUAAAAAUGAACAGUUGAGCAGCUCAACGGAAGGUGGCCAAGCUUCAAAUGGAGGAAUGUCCCUGGAGAAUGGGAUACCGGUUAUGCUCCAAAUUCAGCCUGUACAGAUCAAACAGGAGUCCAACACAAGCCCCAGUUCCCAAGGACCAGCACAAGAGAACAUAAAAAUUGCACAGCUCCUAGUUAACAUCCAAGGACAGACAUUUGCCCUUGUGCCUCAGAUAGUUCAGUCGUCCAAUUUGAACUUGUCCUCUAAAUUUGUCCGCAUUGCUCCCGUCCCCAUCGCCGCCAAGCCAAUUGGGCCAGGAGGCAUGAUUCAGGGUCAGACGGGAAUCAUCAUGGGUCAGAAAUUUCAAAAGAACCCUGCAGCAGAACUCAUUAAAAUGCACAAAUGUUCUUUUCCUGGUUGUACCAAGAUGUACACGAAAAGCAGCCACUUGAAAGCCCACCUGAGGAGGCAUACGGGAGAAAAGCCUUUUGCGUGCACGUGGCCGGGCUGCGGAUGGAGGUUCUCCAGGUCAGAUGAGCUGUCCCGGCACAGGCGCUCCCACUCGGGGGUGAAACCCUAUCAGUGUCCCGUCUGUGAGAAGAAGUUUGCUCGAAGCGACCACUUGUCCAAACACGUCAAGGUGCAUCGGUUCCCACGAAGCAACCGCUCCGUCCGCUCUGUGAACUGA